AUGGAUUCACGGACCAAGCUGGCCUCUGAUGUGGUCAUCCCCGACUCGCAAGAUCUCCCUGAAACUUUUGAAACCGGCGCCACAGGUUACGGAACAGACCCCAUAGCCGCAUGCGACUCCGUCUCCUCCACGAUCCACCUCACUUACUCCGUCUGGGUCCGAAAGCAAUGGCUUGACAAAUCCCAGAUUGAGUUAGAGCAAAACACUUACGUGCGCGUUGAAGACGACGGAAUACCACCGUUAGCAGCCUCCUCGAACUGGUCCAUCCAGGCUUUCAAGAAGGCUGCGAUCAAAGCCCUUGAGGAUACCCAGAUCUUCAAUAUAUGCCGCAUCAUGUCUACCGCGGAACAGGCCGGCGAGCUCGAGUGGCAGUGCUACAUACUAGGCUACACUGUGUUUGAAAACAUGGCCACAUUUCUUGCGACGGACACCCCUUCAAUCCAGCAAUUUCUAACUGCGGCCGCUUUUACCUUGAAACGGGCAAUGGUCAAGAUCAAAAUUUCCUUAUUGGACGUGGGGGAGCCCGGCCUGGGGCCGCGCCCACCGGCCCCAAGCAAGGCGGAACAGAUCCGCCGGUUCAAUUACCACGGCAACGAGAGGGUAUGUUAA